CGUUUCGUCACGGCUGCGUUGCGUUCAUAUGACUGGGAAAGUCAGCUGCCACACCCUUGCGGUCAAAUCAUGAUACAUAUAGUACAUGUACUGUCCUUCCCACCACUGUACUUUUUCACGCGAUCAUUUAGACGCCCUUUUUCCAUUCGUAUUCAGAUUGGCUGUCAUUCUCUUUAAAUGUACCUAUUCUACGGCCUUAUCCCACAGCUAAUUUGUUUCCCCAGUUUGUCAGCUGAUGCUGCACUUUUUUUCCCUCCCCCUCCCAAAACAUCACGUCAUUUUGAUUCUGUGGACUAAAAAAUAGUCUAAACUCAGUUACAUACGAAAACCUAAUGAUUGAUUUGUAUGAUACUUUUGACAUACCUUCAAACCAGUCAAUGAGACCCUUGAGCUGUGUUCAGGGGUGUCCAAACUUUUUCCUCCAAGGACCGCAUAGAUACAGAAAAAUCGAAGGAUGCAAGCAAGGGUUACUUCGACAUUCUUCAUUUGAGAAACUGCUACAUCACAGCUUUCUGUUAAAUGUGAUAUGACCCAGGAACUUUUGAAGACCUCACUGGCUCUUGACGAUGACACCAUAACCAAUAUUUGUGACAAGUUCAAGCAGAAACUUCUUCAUGAGAACUUUGACCCUACAGCUGGCAGAUCCAUUGAUGAGGUCCGAGUGGGUCACUGGGAAGACAGCAUUAAGGAAAGUGUGGACAGUUGUUCAACAUCCUCCCUGGCACAUCAGUGUUACUACCUGUGGAAAAAUACUCGACUGGAGCUGCUCAAUCUGUCCCCAGAGAUAUCCAGUCUUCUGAAACAACUUCGGAGGAAAUACAAGCUGCUGCUCCUCACCAACGGGAAUGCUCAAACACAAAGGGAGAAAGUAGACGCAGCCAGUUGUGAAGGCUUUUUCGAUAGCAUUGUGCUGGCGGGAGAUUAUGCUGAACAGAAACCUUUCCCCUCCAUCUUCAGACUGUGUUUUGACCUGCUGCAGGUGGAGCCCCAGGACUGCAUAAUGGUUGGAGACUCACUGGACACUGACAUCCAGGGAGGGUGGAGUGCACAUGUACGUGCUACAGUUUGGAUUAACAGUGCAGGUGACGCUGUGCCUGUUGGUUCAGUGACACCUGACUUUACACUUUCCACUGUCUUGGACCUGGAAGACGUUUUGGCACAACUAAAAUAAGGACAACUGGUGAUCUAAUCCUUUUAUAACUUGGUCAAAUGUGGAAGAUCUUGAACCGGUUGAAUCCUAUAUUUUAUCAAAUAGUUUUUUUUUUUGCCGAAGAUGUUCUGAAAUAUGAGAAUAAAAUGCAUGCCUACUGCUAGAAAUGUCAUCAACAUAUGUUUUAAUUGCAUUUCCAAAUAAUAACACAAUUUGUCAAAAGAAGAUGCAUGCAACCCUAAUAAUUAUUUUUUGUUAGUAUUCCUACUUACUUACUGUGCAAGUUUUUUUUCUUAUUACGUCAUCACCUAUCCAUAAUUUGUUUUUUUUAAACGACAACACGCAUAACUCACUUGUAAGCGUCAUCAUGGAUUAUGAUGUCACAUCCAUGAUCACAUGGCAUGAUGUCAUAGAGUGGUUAUGGUGUUAAAUGUGCUCUUGACGCAAGCCAACAGUCCUAAAGAUAUAUUUUUCACAUAAUGUAAAAAUAAUAAAAUGGCAAUGGGUGUAAACUCAAAUAUUCAAAACUCAUCAACUGAAACUGGUAGGUACUUCUGCUCGUAGCAUCCAGUGUCUGCUAGCAAUCUCUGUAGGCUCCAUGACCUUUGCAUGCCCACUAUAAUGUAUACGUCUGUUGCCAUUUGCAGAUCAGAAGAAAAAAUCUAAGCCAUUUGAUAAACUACAAUCAAACAUUCUGAGUAGUAAAACAAGCACCUACCUGGUUAAGGACUUAAUUGGUGAAGGAAGCUUUGGUAAAGUUGCCCAGUGUGUAAACUUGGGCACGUCACAGGCCAUAGCCCUCAAAGUCCUGAAAACCAAGUCAAAUGUGAUAUCCAAAAUGGAGGUAUAGCAUCCUAAAUCCUUAGGGAGCUUUUACCUAAUGGAGUCUUUCGAUUUCACUCAUUGGUGUUUUUUUUUUUUUUUUUCUCUCUCUCUCUCUCUCUCUCUCUCUCUCUCUCUUCUUCUCCACAGAUCAAAAUGCUUGGAAUUGUGAGUGUUCUGGAUCCGGUAAAAAAGAGCAUUGUGAAGUUUAUUGAAAACUUUGAGCAUGAAGGGUAUACGUGUUUGGCAUUUGAAAUGCUAGACAUGAGCCUUUUCGAUUUUGUUGUCAAGAAACGUAAGAAGCCACUGUCUAUCAGUGAGAUACGGCCAAUUGCGCAUCAGGUAAAGGGAUCAUUUAGUCAUUUCAGAGCUGUGUUAAACAUGAAAUUUCUUGCAUUUAUUGUACAGUGUAUGCACAUAAUUAAAUUGCCCUUUUAAGCUUG